AUGCAAGCGGAGUUUAAAGGAGACAUCGAGCAUCACGUGAAAAGAUUCCAAGAAGGUACACGGGAGUGGAUCUUCAAAAAAGUCGAAGACUGGCUGAAUGACAGGAACUCCCCAAACCGUGUAAUGGUCAUUAGUGGAAAUGCAGGAAUGGGAAAGUCAGUUAUUUCUGCUAUCAUUUGCAAAAGAAUUCAAGAAGCAGGACGUUUGUCGGGAAGCCACUUCUGUCAGCAUAACAAUGCACGGUAUAGCAAACCUCAACUUAUGCUUCAGUCCUUGGCUAUUCACUUGUCUCGAACCCUACCAGAAUACAAGAGAGCUCUCGUGGAACAGCUAUCAAGGAAUCUGGGGUUGGAACUCAAUAGCAUGGGUGUUGAAGAGUUGUUUACUUUGCUUUUCAUGGAGCCUCUGAUUAAAGUUAGCAACCCUGGCGAAAGCCUCUUGAUGGUGAUCGAUGGCCUGGAUGAAAGUGAAUACAAGGGGCGCAAUGAUCUUCUCAACGUGGUUGCCAACCAGUUUUGUAAGCUUCCAGAAUGGAUUCGACUUUUAGUGACGACGCGACCAGAGAUAAACAUUGCUGACAGCCUUAAGCGUUUAAAGCCCAUUAUACUCGAGGAAAACAAAGAGGAGAACAUAAGGGACAUUAAGCUGUUCCUUGAGAUGCGUCUGAGCCAUCAAAUGAAGGAAACACAGAAGAGCUCUAUUUUGGAGAAUCUGGUUAAAAAAUCCGAGGGUGUAUUCCUUUAUGCUUAUUAUCUCAUUGAUUUUAUCGAAGAGCAUGUGCUGUUUCUCACACUUGAGCACCUGGAAGGAGGCUUGCCGCUGGGAAUUUCAUCUGUUUAUCAAUGUCAUUUUAAACGGUUAGAAAAGGAACUUUGUGAAGAGUUAAAGAUAGAAGAAGAGCAGGUGUUUCGCUUUCUUUCUGCUUUGACAGCCUCUCGUGAGCCAUUGCCUAUAGCUUUCGUUUCGAAUAUGUUCGAUUUGGAUGGAAAAUCCUUCACAGCUCAACGUACAAUAAAGAAGGCGAUCGCUUGUAUCUCUACGCUUUUGCCUUUACGCAAUGAUCGUCUUCACUUUUUCCACAAGUCGGUGAAAGACUGGUUGUCUGGUUCUCCUGUCUAUGGUGACCAUGAGUUCAUCCUAGAUGAAAAGAAAGGACACGAAAUUCUCUUCAACCUAUGCAAGAUUGAGCUUGAAAACGUAAAGAGAAGGAGCAUUCACGAUUGCACUUUCAGUGACACUGAAACAUACGCAUUACUGCAUGGUGUCCAGCACAUGAUUGAAGUGGAUUCAUUUAUCAGAGACCCAGUAACUACUCAGGUUGAUGGUCUGAUCGAGGCUUUCGUAACAGAUCUGAAACUCGUUUACGCUAAGCUUUGUGUGAAUAGCAAUUGCCCCUCGGAGGAUCUCCACAAUGUGCAAAAACACGUUCGACCCGCUCUUCCGCAAGAAGUUUGUUCCAACUUGGACCUUCUUCAGGAUUUUCUUAGAAAACAUUCUUUUCUUUUAAGAGACUAUCCUCUGCUGUUUUUUCAAAGCUUGGUCAACGAAGGCCUUCCUGAACUGUCUUCCAUGGCCGCGUCGAUCCUUGACAAUGAUCUUUCUCAUGUGUCAUACCUUAAGUACGUGCACACAGAAGAAGGAAAUGGUGCUGUCAAAGCUCGUUUUUACGGUUCUCAUCGGGUGGCAUGUUUUGAUGUUUCACCUGACAUGAACUUCAUGGUCUGUGAAUGCCGAGAUGGAACAGUCCAUUUGUGGUCUCUUAAAACAGGGAACAUUCAAUGGAAAAGACCUUCGUUUAUCACAAGACAAUAUGAGGGGGUACAUCCUUAUGGCUGGAAUAGUGAUUUUGGUGCUUAUCGUCCAAUUGGUGGUUACGUUUUGACUUUUUACAACUCUGUGAUCUUUCAUCCAAAUGGAAAAUAUGUCCUACCCGGGAACCUCAGGAAUGUUUACACUUUGAAUGGAGACUGUGUAGAGCUUUUCAUCGACAGUGAGUGCAAAUUCGCUCACUGCGUAUUCCCCAAGGAUAAGAAAGUAAUGUUAACCGACCGUUUUGAUAAUCCCAAACAACUAUCUUUGUGGAGUAUGGAGGAUGGGACAGAGCUGAACCGUUUUACGUGUGAAGAAACCAUUUCAGCUUUUACAAUUUCCGAAGAUAGCUCAAAAAUCGCUUUUGGCGACUUAACAGGUUCUAUCUAUUUGCAGCAAAUAGAUAGAAGGAAUACACCUUUUUUGCACAAGCGCAUUAGCAAGGCUUGUGGAUUAAUGCAUUUCAGCCCAGAUGGUGAAGUUCUUUGUUGUGGCCACCUUCCAUGUGAGAUAGAACAUGUUGGAGUGGGCAUUUACGGCUGGAUGUUUGAUCAUCACCAGACAUUCACAUUUUGCGAUUUUACAAAUCUUGUUGCCCUUCGUUCAUCAGGUAAAAUUCUCUUGUGGCCAAUUCAGUCAGGAAAUUCGAUACCAGACUACUUUUCCAACUGGGUUGAUGACAUACGUAGUGUUUUUCCAUGCUUCUCUGCAGGAUUCUUCAAGAAGCUGAACAGCACGACAAUAUUAACGGGUGGUCCAUCCUUUAACUACAUCGUCGCAGUCAAUGUCGAUGUUCUGAGUGCAACCAAUUCUGCCUCCACCAAAAUGAAAGUCAGAGAAAUUGUAAUGUCUGUAGAGGGAGACUCUAUGUAUUCUAUUAGCUCAUGUGAUAAUGAUUGCAAUGAUAGCAAGGUACUAGUGACCGUUGUGAGAAUUUCGAGUAAAGAAAUUUUAACGGAAAAAACUUUCAUCUGUGGAAGUGUGUCUCUUUUACCCACCAAGUCAGGCAUUGUCCUGUCUGUUGGCCAAGAUACUCCACAACUCUGGAGUUUUGACCUCUUGGAAUGUAUUAAACCUCUUGCCAAACUGAGCGGUACGGAAAAACUGACUUUUUUAUCAAAUGAGGCGAUAGCUUGUCAAAGACACUGCCGCACGAUGACACCUGAGGAAUUUUGGCGCUUGAAGUGCCCUCGAUUCAGCGAAGAUAAAGAUGAAUCAUUGACACCAAAUGUUGCAUUGGAGACUGAACUUAGCGAUUUCUCACCAGAAGUCGGCGAUGUUUCAUCUGAUGAAGAGGAUGCUCUAACUGUGGAUGAUUCUUCAUGGGUGGAUGAUUCGACACGUUUCAUCGAUCCAGCACUUAGUCUUGGCAUAGUUACCUCAAUUGCCUGUGAAUCAUGUCGAAUGCUUGAUGUAGACAUAUUCAACGCAGUUACCGGAGAGUUUGUUUCAUCGAUGAAGACAACGGUGAUUCCCAACGACAAAGUUCAUUCUGUUUUAGUCAAUCUUCGUGGCCAGAUCCUAUUAUGUUUCGUUGAGGAAAUAGUUGAUGAGGUAUACGAGGAAAAAAUAAAAUUCAGCUUAAGCGAAAAUAACCACGGAACACCCAUUUGGUGGAGACAUUCACAAAGGAUCGAGGAUUCUCCUUUCGACCCUUAUUUUAUCUUCUCUCCAAGCGAAGAGUUUCUCAUUACGUGGGGAUCGCUAGAUUCAGGCUAUGGACUGCACAUCCUUGACACAAAAACCGGAAAAACAUGCCACACCUUCGUUGAAGAUCAUGACGACAUUGUCGACUGCAAGUUCGUUGUUAACGGCGAUAUUCUGAUUAGCUGCACUCGUGACAAUUUCCUUCGUUUGCUCAAUGUGAGGUCAGGCGAACAGCUCAGCAUGCUAGACAUUGGGGAGCAACCGUUCAGCUUAGGUGCCUGCCUCAGUAAUCAUCUUGUUGCCAUUGGAUUGUCAGGAACCCGAAUGAAAUUCGUUCAAGUGGAAUUACCAAGAGCCAAAGAAGUUGUAGAAAACAAAGGUUAGAAACUGAUUUAUAUACUCGGUUAUGAUUGGUGACAUCUAAGGAUGAAAGAACUGAAAUAAUAUUAAGUUGAAACCAAAUACCAUAACGCAUAGGGUACAAAUAGUUGUCCUCUGGUAAUAAGAGGAAGGUAGAAUCUUGAGGUAUAAUUUACUCGUAAGUGCCAUCUCCUUACUAGUAAGAGGCAAGCUUGCAUAUAUCUCACCAGCCCGAUUUGAGCACUGAUAGGAUAGGGUACACGUCAUGCUUAUGAUUGGACAGUGUAAUAGGACAGUUAAAGGGACGGUUAAGACGUCAUGGUUGUGUAAGUGGACCGAAAGCAUCGUGUGCGCGCGCUUUUGUCAACAUUUCAUCGAGGUAAAUCGAUGUCUUGGUUUUGCCAUAAUUUUUAUUAAUUGGUAACAGGACUUCAUGUCGUUCAAUUCUGUCUGUAAUCAUACUCGAGGUUAACAAAUCGGACUCCCGCCUCGCGGUCGUCCGAUUUCGUUAAUCACUCGUAUGAUUACGGAACGAAUCGGACUUCAGUCAGUCCCAUUACAGUUAUUAGUCAGGUAGCAUUGCUAUAUGGGAUCAAUAUCAGUAUCUGGGCAACUGCCCACCUACCCCUCCCCUAACUCAACAACAGUCAAUUGACAACAAGUUAAGGUUAAUGUUGGGUUAGGGGAGGGGUAGGUGGGCAGUUGCCCAGAUACUGAUAUUGAUCCGCUGUAUGUCCUUUAAAAAUGAUAAAGCAUACUGAUAAUUAUUUGUAGCUUAUUAAAUUGCUCGCCCAUUUCACACUAACCUGUAGAUCAAGUCAUUAAAACUCAAAGUCAGUCAUGUUGAUACUAAAAAAACUUACCAUCUCACUUAUUCUUUUUACAAUAAUUAACCUUAAUGUUAUCCUGCAAUUAUGUCAUUGUUGUAACUGGUGGUUAUUUUUCCUCUUUUUUUAGGUUCAAUUACCAGUUGGAAUGAAGCAAGCCGGACAGAAUGGAAGCUCAACUAGAAGAGCUUUUCUAUCAGCUUAUCACACAUUACUGAGAACGCAUAGUCUCUUUUACUCAGUAAACUACGGCUGACAUUGUAUGUAAAGCGCCCUACGCGCAAGGAAGGAGAUUUCUAAGAAUAUUCGUAAACAUAUGCAGUUUUAACCGUAUCUAAUGGCUUUUUAGUUUUCAAAAGAUUGGAAAUCUUAAAUGGGAACUCAAGGGGUUCACCUCUUGUUGCUUGACUCAUGUAAUCGAUACUACACGCAACUGAUUACGUGCCCGACUGGCUACAAUAGGUUUUGCUCGCAAAUAAGGAAAUACGUAUCAACUGUACAUAAAAUUUUUUCACCGAUUUUGGCACGAAUUUGAUUAAAGGAUUACUGGAAAAGAGAGCACAAUUACAAUUUACUGUUGUUUUACAACCGCUUUAAGUUUAUUUACACAACUAUUUCCAAUUUCAAGUGUUGCUCAAAUUACGAAGAUUUCAUCAAGCGUUUACCUCAGACCUUUUUUCCAAGAAAAGAUUUGAUACAUCCCUUCAAGUAAUUUUUCCAAAUUUUGUUUGUCCGUUUAUUAUUUUGUUUGUUUUUAUUAACAGAAAGAUAAAGCAGCCCGCACUCUGCUAUGUUGUCUUGUGUUUCUGUCUACUUUAUGAGUACUCAUCACUUUCGAUGAUCCAAGAUCUUGUUUCCGUGAUUACCUUUAACAUCGAAUGAAAAAUGGUAGUAAAGGGAAAUCAUUGAGAAGAGGCCUUUCCCACUAACCUAGUUCUGCGAAACACUCGAAAUGUCCUUAAAAACCUUUGUAGUAUUUUCGCUGUGAUGAAAGCGGAGUAUAUAAUUUGCGUCUCAGAAAUUAUUGGUCGGUGCGGAAUCAAUGUCUUCAGGCCAAAGUUGUCUUGAAUACAGAAUUGAAAUUAUCAUUAUUAAUAAUCAUUGCUUUUAACACACUUUCACUCCCUUAAGAAAAUAUACGACAUGACACGCUUCGACAGCAACUGAUGGAUGAUUCGUGAUAACUUGUGGCUAUCAUCAAGCACUGGCUCAAGUCACCUUAAAAGGCACAGGCAUGACUCAAAAACGGGAAUUGGCGAUAUUUUUAAUAACAAAUAUAGUCCACUGUUUAGGUGCUAGUUUCGCAUUUGCAUGACAGAAAAAUAAAGAAACGCUUCGGCCCAGCGCAAAAUUUUGACAUAAAUAUAGUCAGUCGAAAAAGCGCUCAAAAUAAUUUGUAUGAUCCAGUGAAAACUCCAGUAAUCAGUAGCAUUCACUAAAACAACAACCACUCACCUCUCCUUGCGUACUAAUAGUAUGUCCUGCCUACCACCCCUCCCUGAGUACGGUUAGAUUGCAUCCCACCCCUCCCCUAAGUACAAACGGUCUGCCUCCCCCCGAUAAAACGGUCCAAAAAAUGGCGCAAAAAAAAAAAAAGGUCUAAAAAAUGGUCCAAAAAAUAGUCCAAGGGUCCAAUGGUCCAGUCCAAUGGUCCAGUCCAUAUGCGGACAUCAACCGUUCCUCAUUCCACUUCUACCUUGGAACAAAAACAAGUUUUAAAUCAAACAUAUCAGUAUUGGCAGCUGAUAUUGUCGGACGACCACAAAACUGGCAAAAGCCUUUAUGACCAUUUCAUCGGCGGUUAGGUUGGAAAAUAAGGAAUGCUGGAGUUCAAAACCAGAACCGGACUUCUAGGAAUAUCUGGAAUUCUAGGAAUAUCUGGAAUUCUUGAAAUGACCGAAAAAUAAUAAAUUUAAAAACAUAAUAAAUUGAUAAAUAAAUAAAUAAUAAUAUAAUGAAAAUGAAUAAUUAAUUUAUAAUUAAUUAAUUGAUGGUAAAUUCAUAACUUAAUUAGAUAAUUAAAUACAAAAAUUUUCUCUGAGGAUCCCGUGACGUUAAAUAAAUAACCACUUAUCGGCACUGUUCAUGGUGAUGCACGUACUAGAAAUAGUAAUAACCAUCAGUAGUAGUAGAAAAAGUAAUAAAUGUCCAGUGUUCGUCUGACUAAUUUUCAUCCACCACAGCAAAACCAAAGGUACUCAUGCGCAGUUUUUUCAGAAUUUGAAAUGCCUUGCCACCCAGCUUGAGCCGUUGCUAGUGUUUGUUACCGAUGGAGAAAGUGCACUGUCAGAUGCUCUGUCUGAUAGUUUUCCUAGUGCCACUCAUCUUCGUUGCUUUUUCUAUUUCCGUAAAAAACAUCGAGGCUAAGCUUGUAUCUCUCGGCGUAAAGGAGCACAACAAUAUAUCGAGUACAGUUUUGGAAAGCAAGAAGGAGCAAUUCACGAGAUGGGUUUUCCGGAUGCCACCAGCGAAGAUAUGUUCCAUGCUGUUCUGGCUUCAUUGCAGGAACCGUGAGCUAGAAGGGAACAAAAAGAGUGUGGGACAUCGAGUUUCCGUAAUUGGAUGCUUCAUCGAGCCCGGAUAAUGAAGGAGUCCAUGAUCGCAUCUGUCCGGACAGAGGCAGGUCUUGGUUACCGACCAGAUAAAUUUUACACAAACGAUUCUGAAAACACCAACCGUCGCUUGAGACACAAAACGGGAGAAAAAGAAUUAGGCGAGACAGCUUUUGCCAAGGCUGUUAGAGAAUUAAUUGAAGAUGAACAGGAAACUGAGCUUGUUCUAGCUGUUUUUAGGAUCUGAGUUCUACCAAAUAAAAGAGCCUUUUAACAAGUUCCAAAUUUCGAGAGACGAGCGGUUUGCUAUGAAAGGGAGCAACGGAAGAAGAAAGAAGAAAGCGUCUACACUGCUGAUAUAAAAGACUUACAUGACAUUACUGACAACCCGUGUGGGGCUCAGGCAUGUUUUGUCCUAUGCGAAAUACACAAUAAUCAUUAAAAUAAAAUUUACUCACCAAAAAUACAAUGAAAGGUGCACUUGAUGCUCAUAUUGCAGAAGAAAUGUGAGGAAAGCAGAUCGUCUUUGAUUCGCACCUGACAGGUGUGGCUGGGAGACUGGAAGGGUGACUCGUUCUCUCUAAUGGAAUGUGGCAAGAACUUUGGGAAAGGCUCGGAGAAGUAAUAUUUUACGUAUGGUUUCGGGCAAGAGACGAUGAUUUAUUGUUUCGUAAUAUUUUAAAAAGUGCAUUGGUUUUCAGAUCACGCAGAUCGAUCUGUAAACUAUGAAAUGAUUUGAUAUGAGCACAACAGUCCGAUUUCUCGAAAAGUUUUAAUGCUUGGUUUUUUGUUAAAUGUUCCGGAUAUUAAAAUAUCAUCACCUUGUUUUUGCGCGAAAUGAUUAAAUCUUUUAAAAACUUCUUUCUUAUUAAUAAAACACAGUUUUAGCAGUUUUAGAGAUAACUUUGAAAGAGGCGUUGCUCUUAAAAAUUACUGGCGCGUGGAGAUUUAUACUCUUGAUAAAGUUAAUGAACACGACAUGGUUCAAGGUUUCUUUCCAAACAAUAAUAAACACGUCCGUGACAAUAAAACAACAAGCAGUGUUGGCGUGACAGUCUGGCAGUUUAUCGAUUGACAGGUAAUAAUUAAACGAGACCCGCCUACCCUGAUUAAAAAAAAUACAAUCAUAAACUCCUGGCGAAGGUAACAAAGUUACAACACAUGAAGACAAGGAAAGCUACAAUACAAGAAAUUAUUAAACGAGAGAGAUGGGAGGGAACUGAAAAAUCGAGCGAGCUGCUGACGCGUUUGAGGCGAGAACCGAGACUGAUUGAGUCGCAAGGCUGCGGUUUAGAACAUAUUGAGCAAUGAACGGAAGUGCGUCAUUAGACUGUCAAUUUCCCCAGAUAAAUCUAGUUGUUUUAUCUUACACAAGCCACUUAGAAUAGAACCUCCUUCAAAGAGGGAAUAAUGCGGUCGCACUUUGGGUUCGCUCGCCAAGUACUUAUCGUAUUUACGUCCACUUUUCCACUAAGCACCCACAGUGCUCGAGGUCUGUCAAUAAUUAACCACGCUUCUGGUUUAUUUACCUUGAAGUAAUCUUCGGCGUCAGUUUUUAGACUGUGAGCUACAUGUAAUUCUACUACGUGCAUCCCAGUGAACAGUGCCCUAGGUAGUUAUUUUUUGUUACGUCGCAUGGUCCCCUUCAUCUUAUCGAGAGAAAUUUUGCAAAUAAAGAACUAUAAAGAACUGGUUGUCCUCUUUUUCCCUUGUAUUUUUAUUUUUACCAUAUUUUUUAUUUAAUUAAUUAACUAUUUAUUUAUUAAAGUUUAUAUUUUAAAUCAUUAAGUAAUUUCAAUAUUUUUUAUUUUUUCGGUCAUCCUGGGAGUUCCGCGCAUUUUGAGUAUUCCGGUUUCGGUUUCGAAUUCCGGCAUUCCUCAUUUUCCAACGUAACUAAUCGGCGGUAAGAUUUGCAUUAACUAUUUAGAUAGAAUAACAACCGAGGGAAACGGCAUGGUACACUGUAAUCAGAGGAGUAACGUAAACUACUGAAUACACAAAAGCCAAUUGAUAGGCAACACAUAUUUUCAACUGUGUAGUUAAUCUUCUUCUUUCUCGGAUGGCCAAUCCUUAAGAAUUAUUCCUCGAUUAUCAGGUACGUAAGCCAUGAUUACAGUUGAGAGCAUGCAUCUCUUGCCCAGCAUAUUUAAAUUAUCCAAAAAGACCUUGUAUCGACCUGUAAGCCGGUUUUUUUCGAUAUGAGUUAAAGUAAAAUCAGUACAAUGGCUUCGACUUUCGGCGAUGUUUACCGGUCGUCAAAGAACAAGUCCGAGGCGAGAGAUUUCAUUUGACGACUAAGAGAAUUUCUUCAAGUCAUCUGUUCUUAAUUUACAUCCGCUGCUUUUUAAUUUCAAAUUGAAAGAGACAGUGUUUAGUUAUGGUCAGGUGAAGCUUGGAAUUGAUCUCGUAAUUUAAGGACAACACGUCCUCUGAAAUGCGUCGGGUAAUGCUAAAAUUUGUAUCAAGAACAGUGCGAUAUAUAACUUGACUAACGCUCAUCAUGAUCGACAAGUGCACGGUUAUGGUUAAUUUAGGUUAAUAAGCCAAUCUAAUAAACGUAAGAUAAAAAUGUAGGUAGGAAGUUGUGACUCAGUAGGAAAAAAUUAAAAGACUGCCAGCCCCAGAAGCGUGAGGGCAAUCAUGUUAGCUGCCUAUUGAUGUCUUGAAGCAACAAUUAAUAUCGAGGCGCACUACAAUUCCUGAACGAAAAUCAUGGGUUAACAGAUGGAGAAGAAAAACUGAUUUUAUGUCAAUCGUAUACAUCAUCAUCUGUAAAUAGAAUUCAAUCACUAAAUGCGGCGAAGAUCGGGAUAUCAUUCCCCUCAGUUCUUGUCUGUCAACAACUAUCGAUUGUGAACAAACUUAAUGCUGUUUGUCUGGUUGCUUGAGUGGUUUUUACGUGACGUCACUUGCAGAAGAAGAGCAUUACGACGGCUUUCCGCAUAGUAACUCUUUGCAUUUGAAGCUAGCAUCGCCAUGUCACGUUAUGUCACGCUAUGCCACGCCAUGUGAAAAAUAGAUUGUGAACACACUGACUUUCAAAAACUGAGCCAUCUAAACUUUGCCUUUAUCUUUCCCAUCUGGACUGAAAAAUGGCAAAUGAUUUGUGACAGAGAACGUUUUCUGGCUUUAAAGAUCUUUAUGAUGUUUCAAAGUUUUACCAAUGGACUAUGCUUUAAUAUUUCUCAACUUUUGUUCGUGGUCACAACUGAGGAAGCGGAUGUAGGAAUGAUUUGGGUCAUCGUUUCCGAUAACCAAUAUCAAUACCACGAAAUUAAGUGGAAAUAAGGUAGUUAAGGCUUGUAUUUUUUGAACACGAAAAACGGCUUGUAUUUUUUGUGAAACACCAAAACUCCCAGGCCCCCUAUUUUUUCUUUUUUCUAACAAAAAAUCGCGAUCUCGAGAUGAAGAAAAGUUAGCGUUCUGGUUUAAAUUCUACUUCAGUGAAGAGAAACAAAAUUUUAACUCAUCAAUUCAUUUUUUGGAGUUCCAUUGUAGAGAAAUUCCGGACACUGUAGACGUGGAAGGAACCGGUAAACGGAGAAAAUGUGUUAGUGUCUAGACCCAUUAUCAUGCACAUGACAAAUCAUAGAGAAAGAUGUUUUUCGUCUUGUCACGAGAGUGGAAUAAAGAAAAAAUUCUGAGUCCCCAUGAGGAAUCGGCUCUAACCACUGAGCCACAGAAACUCCACUAUGAGCGAGGUCUAUUACGAAGUUCAUAUCACAAGCGUCCUGCAUACUGCUAAGAUCAGCAAUGUAUAUGCUUUUUCGAUUUUUUAAUUUUUGCCUUUCACGUCGCAAAUUCAAGAUUUUUAUCGAUACUUUUAUGGUAUUUUUGAAUGUGUAGACUUUACAUAGCUACUUGUUGGGAAUGAUUCUUGGGGGGAAAUUUUUACAGCGUGGCAAAACAUAAGGAUACUGAGAGGAGAUCAUGGGUGAAAGAAACAUUUAGAAAAGCUCAAUAUAUUUCCAUAUUUCGUGUUAUUAAUUCAGCUGUCUUACAUUCAAAAUACCGUUCACUUUUAAUUUUUUUAUUUGUUAUUCUGUUUAGUGUGCCAUUUUAUAAUUAUAAAAUAUCGGUUUGAAUAAGGGCAAUUACAUAUAAUAAAUAUAAUAUUUCAGGUCAAAUUCAGAUCACGAAGGAAAAAAAUUAAACACAGAUAAAACAACUACAGCAAUAGCUGGCACUUAAAAAAAAACAUAUACUUGAGACUUACACAGGGAAGGAGUGCCAGAAAUUCAGAAAUUCAGAAAUUUGAAAAAUUGAGUUCCUUGGGAACAGAACUCAAAUUGUCUUAUAUUUGUUCUGCAAGGAGAUAUGGAAAAAAAUUACAAUGUCUGGUGUAAUAGCAGUGAAUGCUACCCGACAACGAAAGCAAUACUUUGAACAACCCAGAAUGCUUACCUACUUGAAAAAUAACAUUCUCUGUCCGAACUAUGCUUUUUGCUCAGGAUUCAGACUCUGAAGUACAAGAGGAGAUGGCUACUGCUGCUGCACCUUCAACCCUGGUCAGCUCUGAAAGGACGACAAAUGGAGGCAAACUCAGCAGACUUCUCAUUGAUGGUGGAACAACAGUUUUACGAAAUGUUUUUGACACUUAUCACCCUCCUUUACAUCUCUUUGCGGUUCUUAGUGCUAACUAUUCAAUCUUGAGUAAUUUGUUGAAGAAAAAGGUCUUGCGCGCUGCUCAGUGGGACCUAUUAUACCCACCCGGGGGAGUGACUCCAGAUUCCAAAACUUUUGACAUUACUCUUCUCUUUCUUCUUUUAACUAACAUAUACGGGCUAUCCCCUCCCCCAUUUGGAUGGCAUGUAAAGCCUUCUUCAGGUGACACCUCUCUUGAAGCCAACCUCGUGCGAGUGAAGCUCUUCCGGAAUGAGCUGUAUGGUCACUUGUCCACCACUAGUAUCGACACGCCCACUUUCUCCUCUCUUUGGAAGGAUAUUAGUGUUGUGCUUGUUGCUCUUGGUUUGAAUCAGGGAGAAAUAGAUCGAUUAAAGGCAGAAAACUGUGGAGAGGAGGAGUACCUUGACCUGUUACUUGAAUGGUGUGAAAGUGAAGAAGAAAUCAAGUCACGGUUGAAUGACAUCCAUCACUCGCAAACUGGGGUGCAACAAAGUAUUGAAGAUAUUCGCCAGACUCAGCUUAAGGGUCACCAGAUACUUGAAGAUAGCAACUUUAAACUUCACUACAUACACAAUUUCCAGCGUGAAGAACACAUACGAAUGGAAGAACAGCGACAAUGUCUCAAAGAACUACUUCAGACUUCUAUUAAAGACCACAGAGCAGUAGCAGAAAGUAAGAUCAAGCUUGACGAGAUUUCUCAAUCACAAACAAAAUCAGAGCAAUGCGUGAAAGAGGUAGGCAAGAAGCAGUUAGAAAACCGUAAGUUACUUGAGGAUAGCAAUUUCAGAUUGAGAGAAGUACAUCAGACUCAAAUUGACACACAGGAAGUUAUGUAUAAAUUGCAUCAGAUACAUCAAGAAGAUUAUAAAGCAGUUGAAGAAACAAAAUCCAAACUUGAGAAAGUUCUUCGAAAUCAAGAAAAGCAUCUUGCAGACUUAAAACACAUCGAGCAUGGAGAGAAAAAUACGACAGAGGAAGGUAAAAAACACAAAGAGGAUGAAAUUCUGACGAAAAUCGCGAAAAUUGACUCAGAAGAAGAGGUAAAAUAUCACACAGAAAGGUAUCUCGAAGGAACUCGUGUGUCCAUUUUCACAAAAGUAGAGAAUUGGUUGGACGAUAGGAGCUCUCAAAAUCGUGUAACUGUGAUCAGUGGAAAUGCAGGAAUGGGGAAAUCGGUCAUUUCUGCAGUUCUCUGCAAAAAGCUACAAGAAACCGGCAGAUUGUCUUGCAGCCAUUUUUGUCAGCAUGAUAAGGCACGCCAUAGGAAUCCGAAAGUGAUGCUUCAGUCCUUGGCAAGCCAUUUGUCAGAAUCACUUCCUGAGUACAAGAAAGCUCUUGUUAAUGCACUUUCGAGGAAUUUCGGAAUCGAGCUUAAAAACGUGGAAGUUAAAGAGCUGUUUGAAUUGCUGUUUCAAGUACCUCUCAGAAGCCUAAAAGCUCCUGACAAAAACAUUCUUAUGGUGAUCGAUGGAUUGGAUGAAAGUGAAUACCGCGGACGCAAUGAGCUGCUUGAGCUUGUCUCUGAACACUUUAUCAACCUUCCAUGUUGGAUUCGAUUUCUCGUAACAACUCGUCCAGAAAUAAACAUUUCAGACAGUCUCAAGAAAUUCCAACCUCUUGAGUUGAAGCCAGACGAUGAGGAAAGUCUAAAGGACAUAUGGUUGUUAUUUGAAAAAAAACUAGGUUGUUUAAUUCAACAAGGUUAUCAAGAAAUCGUCAUAUCCGAACUGGUUCAAAAAUCGGAAGGACUUAUUUUAUAUGCACAUUUGCUGGCUGAGUUUGUAAGUCAGAAUGUGCGCCUCCUCACUCCUGACAGCAUGGACAGUACUUUACCCUCUGGAAUUUCCUCUGUUUACCAGACGUACUUCCAACGUUUAGAAAAUGAACUCUCCAAGGAGCUGAACGUCAAAGAGGAGCAGUUCUUAACUUUCCUAAGCGCACUCGUGUCUGCAAGAGAACCUUUGCCAGUACCUUUCGUCACUGAAAUGAUCCUGUCUGGUAAAAACUCUUUAGCUGAUGGGCGAAAAGUAAGGAAGGCAAUCACAUGCAUUUCAUCUCUGUUACCUGUUCGAGAUGACCGUAUUUACUUCUUUCACAAGUCAGUUAAGGACUGGUUAACUGACAUGGCCUCCUAUGGACAGCACGAUUUCACCGUGGAAGAAAGGGAAGGCCAUCGUAUUCUCUCUAAUCUUUGUGCCAAGCAACUUGACGAUGUUAAGCAUAAAGAUGUCCACAGCGAAGCUUUUAACAGCACCACAAAGUAUGCCUUGCAGCAUGGUGUUAAACACAUGUUGGAAGUGGGAAACUGUUUUGACAAACGUUUUCUGGAGGAAGUUGUAAAUAAAUAUGUCAUAGACUUACAACUUGUGUAUUUGAAGCUUUGUGCAGACAGUACAGCAGCGUCAGAAGACAUCGAUUUUGUUCAGAAACAAUCGGGUUUUAAUGAGUUGAAUGUAAAUGUUCAGAAUGCGCUUAGCACUCUAUUGUUUUUGUUGAGAAAGUUCAUCGCUGACAUAACGCAACUACCUCAUGUGAUCUUCCAAACUGUCUUGAAUGAGGGAGGGCCUGAACUGUCUUCUGAAGCGUUAAUCCUUUUGACGAGCAAGUAUUCCAAGAUACCGUGCAUAGUAUCCAAGCAUAGUGACACUCAGGUGACAAAAUUAAAAGCCCAAUUUGAAAUGUCGUCUGCAGUAGCCUGUUUCGAUGUUUCACCACAUCGAGACUACAUGGUUUGCGAAUGUAAGGACGGUACGCUUCAAUUUUGGUCUUUGAACACUGGCAAACUGCUAUGGAAUCGUGCUGUGAUUGUCACCAAGCGAUUUCGGCCGAAUUUCAAACGUGCGUACAGAAUGGUGCCAUGUUCACAAGUGUUAUCAAUUUACCGCUCAGUUGUUUUUCAUCCCUUCCAGGAAGUUGUCUUACCGGGAGUUCUCAGUCAAGCUUACUCCUAUAAAGGAGAUCUGAUGGCACUUUUCCCCAAAAGUCAAUGCGAGUUUAAAGUUUGCUCAGUUUCGGCAGAUAAGACCGCCAUACUAACUGACUGUCCACGUAACUCUAAAUGCAUCGCUUUGUGGAGUCUAGAGUCUGGUUUAGAGAUCUCUCGUACAACAAGAAAGGAAGAUGUGUUGUCCUUUGCUUGGUCUCGCGAUGGAAGGAUUUUAGCAAUUUCUUAUUCAAGUGGCUCUGUUGAUUUGGUUGAUGUCAGGGAAAGUUUUAAGACACUGACGCAAACAAAACUCCCCGAAGUAUGCGGAAUGAUGCGGUUCUCUCCCGAUCAUCGACACCUUAUUUGCCUGCACGAGUCUACAGCCGACUUGACUUCUUCAAAACAGUAUGUCUUAGAUGUCAAUGUAAAGAAGAUGAGCCAAACCUUUUCAACUGACCUUUCUUUAGUCGAAAGUCCAACAAAUUUAAGCAAAGGAUAUGAUUCACCCAGCGAAAGUGGUUUUUUGCAUGGAGAUCCUCUACCCUGGAUAUUACAUAGUACAGUUCCAUCGACAGAGUUUGUGUUAGAUAAAAAUACUCUACUUGGAAAGUAUGAGGUAUCUACCGACAUUGUAAUGCGGAAUACCAAUAAUUCCAACGACGCAGCAGGUAUUUCCUCAACUCAAGUCAGCGGUGUAGCGUUUUCUUUGGAUGGAGAGACUUUAUACGUCGUUAAUGAAGCCGCUGUACCUUGGGUUAAGGCUUGGGAUGUAAAGAAUGGAGAGCUCAGAGCAAGGAAGAGAUUACCGAAAAAUGCAGAGCAAACGUGGCUUGUACCAGUCAGAGAUGGUGUAAUUUUGGCAAUAAAUGAAGACUCACCUGAACUAUGGAAUUUUCAGUUGUCUAAGUGCACUCGACGCUGGCCCGAUUUGCACCAAAUUGCAGAUAUUAUCCCAGUAUCAGGAGAGCGUGUGCUUUGUGCUAAAGACACGUUUGAGUUGAACAUCAUAAAUACAGUUUCAGGUGAAAUUGAAGCAACAAUGUUUACCCAUGGAAAACACUGCAUUGCAUGCAACGGUAAAUGCCACGUGAUAACCUCUGAUGAUCGAACUGUUCAGUUGUCGGAUGAUAAAACUGUUUUCUGGAAAAAGGACAUGAGCGUUUUGUGUGGGGUAUUUUCUCCAGAUGAAAGUCUUGUCAUUUUGCAAAGGCAAUGGUUUGGAGAGGAUUUGAUGGUCCUUAAUGCAGUUUCGGGAAUCACACUCUUUUGCAUCACAUGCAUGCCUAUUCCUUUUGGCUUCCAGUUUAUCAGUGAUGAGGAAAUUAUUGUGAGUUCGUUUGUUAAGAAUACUAAGUGCCUUAGACUCUUUAAAGUCAAGUCUGGUGACCUACUCAGUGUCCUCCCUGUGGAAGGAGAAUGGUCCUGUUUAGCAGCUUGUCGUAAAGAGCGGCUCAUAGCUGUUGGGCUACACGACUCCAGCACUAGCUUUAGAGCUUUUCAAGUAAAAUUACCUUGUGACAAAGAUGGCAGCGAAAACAGCAGGUGAGCUGUUGAAACUUGGUUCUUAAUUAUAAGUUAGUAUCCUUAAGUUGCGACGAUUGCUUAACGAGUUGACAGAAGCUAUGACACAAUGUAUGGAAGGAACCAGAAUGUUGUGCAUAAAAUUACCUAAAUCUGUUUUGCUUCUCUUAUACUCCAUUCACACCAAAGCUUAAACAUGUUUUAAAGUUGUUUUGUCAAACACAGUUUAGUUUUUUUUUCUUCGUAGAAACUACUUCACCGAAUAUUUUUUUACUUAACCCUUUAACUCCCAUGAGUGACCAAGACAGAAUUUCUCCUUACAAUAUCAAUACAAUAUCAACCAGAUAAGUGACGAGAAUAAAGAAAAUAUCAAUAUGGUAAUAAUUAGUUGAUCCAAUACUAAAUUCUCUGAACUAGCAUUAUAAGAAUUGUAUGGUUGACAGUAAGGAGAAGUACGCCUUUAAUCUGGGGGUUAAAGGGUUAAGAUAUAGCACAUUGGAAAAGCACGUUAGCAAGUACUUGAAUCCUAUGGAAAAUUAAGUUUUUCAGUUCUCUGUUUAUGAUUUUCAUUCAGUAAUAACCAGUUUAACAAAGCAUGUUUUGCUGGUAUGAAUAAGGUAUUUGCUCAACGCGCAAUCGUCUUUCGCCCCUAACUGAGACGUCUACGUUGGUCGAGCUGAUAGUUAUAAAAAAAUCGACGAAAAACCAGGCGCAAAAGGCUACCGAUGACAAUUUCUUGUGUCAUCUUUGCAUUAUCUUGAUCUAUGUGUUAUUCUUGACAUUGUCUGAGCCCUUUUCGCCACUUCUCUCUAUGCCACAGGAAGCCCAGUCAAGUCAUGCCUCCAUAUCACUAAAUUUUGUAGGUAGCAGUUUCCCAUGAAUUGAUAAUUUUUUUAAAUUCCUUUCAGCAUUGACGACAGGCUGGAGAUGGAACUCCUGCGAGGCAACCUCAAAAGGAGGUACGAUUCAAAUACUUUUUUGUAUCGCAACUUGGGGAGCCUCUUAUGCUGGUAUCAGAAGGGUUAAACGUAUUGGACAAGUAUCACUUUAUUUUAGAAGAAAAACAAUUUUUGUCGCUGCUGGUAUAUAGAGGGUCAAUUCACUCUACCUAAGUUUGACAUCAUUGUGUCAUGGUGCUGCUCUUAUGUCUUUUUUGUCUCUUUUUCACUUUCUUUCAGUCGCUUGCAUUGCUCGCUUGUAUGAUGAAGCUGAGGUGGACGAUGCAUUGGUAAAAAGAGAUAAAUAGACGAUUGAAAUUGGAUCGCGUUUGAAGUGUACGAGAUAAGGAACAAGUUUAAUUCCCCCCCCCCCAAAACUUUCAGCACGUAUUCUCGUAUAUUUUCUCUGUACUAAGGGAAUAACAUCCACCACAAGUUAGGUGACGGUGUAAAUAAUAUUUAGCAAGCAAGUGUAUCUAUUAAUUUCUCGGUUCAUAACGAUACUAUUUUUAUAAUAUACAAGAAAAAAUUACGCGUGUCUGAUUGGCUGUAUCACGAGUGCAAAGUUGUAACAGUGCAAAUUACAAAUAGCGCGUGCACGCUGUCAAAAUUUACGUCAGUCUUGACUCUCUGUGAUGUUUUUUUCUAAAAAAUUAAAAGAUUUACUCGUGCUUAUUAACACCAAAUUGCACUCGAAAUCAUAAUAUUGCCUAUAGUAAUAGCACUCAGAUUUAUUAUUACCUGGUAAUUGUUUAGGAGGUUCGUAGGAAGCGUUAGAUAAAUUAUUUCUUAAAUGGUCAAUCUAACAUGUCUAAGAAAAAAACUUCCUCAGUUUGACUGAAUUUUUUUCUUGAUUGUAAAUAUAUGAAAAUCGUACAUAUGAACUGCGGAUUAUGACAUAAAGUUUGAAGCAAUCUUCGCAGUAAUGAACACUACUUAAAGUGCCUAUGACACAAAAUUUUUGUAUGUGUAAAUAUUUAGCUUAUUAUGUGUACAAACCAAUUCCGAUAGAAGAAAAAUUUCAGAAACCUUAAAACUCGGUAAAGUGCUCUUAUUUUGUCUUGAAAGUGUCCCGUGGACUGGUAACGAAUUAGCGAGUGAUAACGUAGAAAACUAUGAAAACUCUCAGUUGACACUUACAAAUCUCUCACAUCUCUUGUAAUUUUGUAUCAGUCAGCGUUGAAAUACUCUCGAAAUAAUGUGCGAUGUAUACCUCAAUUCAGCAAGCUCUACCGUGAGCUGUGAUACAUCGUACUCAACUAGUAGAGAAGAAAUGGAAGUUACGAGUACGGUUCAGCCCUGAGAAGGCGAACUGCGUUACAUAAAACGAAGAUUUCGAAGAAGACUGACUAACACGGUUUCUCGUCUGCGGUAAACGCCGCCGUACCGGAAGUACAAGCUUUACUGGAAACUGGAAAACAAUGGUCGUCACUUUGCCAAAACGUCGGUGUUGAGUGAAGUUCUAAAAUCAAGAAUACGAUUUAAAACUCAUUUCAAACAGAUUUAAUAGUGGUCCUUUUUGUCCUUUCAUUAAAGCUUCAUUGGAGGAAGGAAAACCGGAAGUGACUAACACCCUUAGAAGAACGAUGCACGCUAAUCCCACAUAAAAUUCUCUUUUCGUAAUGAUAUGAAAUACGACUAAUAGAGAUGUUUUAUGAAGUGUCUCUAUUGGUUUAAGGUCCCCCACUCCCCCACUCCCCCACUCCCCCUCUCCCUCAUCUAUCACGUCCGUGUUCGUUCAGGGCUUAACCCUCUCAAGGAGUUUCUUUGCUUCGGUUUUGAUGAGCUUUACGAUUUAAGCUUUCAGCUCUUACCUUUAGCGGGUGCGACGCUUAAAUCGUUUAGUUUUUAUCCCGCAAUAAAUUCCAUUAAUGGGCAUGCUGACUUGGUUCACUACUGAUCUUGUACUUGACCUUUAAUAAUCUUCGCUUGUUCCACCUUUCGAUUGUUUGAUAAGAAGGGUUCAAUACGGUGUUAUUCAUUUAUAAGACUCGUGAAAGUCUUAGCAAGUUGGCUAACUGUACUGAUUAG